CACUUUAAUCUUUUGGUUGAUUGGAUUUUAAGUUGCGAAAACCCAUGAAGAUUUUUCAAUUUUUGAUCUUUUUUUUUUCUACUCAUUUCUAUUAUUCUUUUUCCUACUCAAUUUACCACCUUUUCCAACUUCUCCUCCCUUCUUCUUUAUAUGUAUGUUCUUCUCAACCCUCAUUUUCACCACUUCAUUCCCAACUCAGUUCUUCCGCAAGUUUUAAUUUCUCCUCCUCCUUUUGGACUUCUUUUUGUUCAUCAGUAGUUUGGUUUAGUAGUAUUUUCUUUGUUCAUCAAUGGGAGAUAUUUCUUGUUCAAAUGGGAUUAAUGGCUAUAGUAGUAGUAAUGGAAAUGGCCAUGCUCAAAGGAAGAGCUGUUGGUAUGAAGAAGAGAUCGAAGAGAACUUGAGAUGGUGUUUUGCUCUCAAUAGUAUUUUGCACACAGGUGCCACACAAUAUCAGGACAUUCAACUCUUGGACACCAAGCCCUUUGGAAAGGCUCUAGUGAUUGAUGGAAAGCUUCAAAGUGCAGAGAUAGAUGAGUUCAUCUACCAUGAAUCUCUUGUACAUCCUGCACUUCUUCAUCAUGUAAACCCUAAAUCCAUUUUCAUUAUGGGUGGAGGAGAGGGUUCUACAGCAAGAGAACUGCUAAGACACAGGACAGUAGAGAAAGUUGUCAUGUGUGAUAUUGAUCAGGAAGUUGUGGACUUCUGUAAGUCAUAUCUGGUGGUUAAUCGUGAGGCUUUUCGCGAUCCUAGACUUGAUCUUGUAAUCAAUGAUGCCAGGGCUGAGCUUGAGAGGAGAGAAGAGCUAUAUGAUGUGAUCAUAGGUGAUCUUGCUGAUCCAAUUGAAGGAGGACCAUGCUACCAACUCUACACCAAAUCGUUCUACGAAUUCACCAUAAAGCCAAGGCUAAAUGAGGGUGGCAUUUUUGUAACACAGGCAGGGCCGGCGGGUGUUUUCAGCCACACCGAAGUAUUUUCAUGUAUCUACAACACCUUAAGGCAGGUUUUCAAAUGUAAGUUCACUGAUAAAAGGAAGUUUCUAUAAAAUGUUACUUAACCAUGUUUUGUCCUCAGGGCUAACCUUUUGUAACUAAGACAACUAUUUCCUGUUCGCUUUCGCGUGCAGAUGUAGUGCCCUAUUCUGCACACAUUCCCUCCUAUGCUGACAUCUGGGGAUGGAUCAUGGUAUAAUCACUUUUACCUCUUACAAGCAUAAUCAACGUUACAAGCAAAAAAGAGUCCUAAUGGUUUGAAUAUGAGAACUUUUUUGACAAAAAUGUAGAAUUUAAACAGAAAACCAGCAGAAACUAAUGACACAACCUUUAAUUUUGGAACAAAAUAUGCAUAAUGUAAGCAGCUGCUAAUAAUGAUCAUGAAAUGGCAUGGCAGGCAUCUGACUCCCCAAUCGACCUGAGCUCUGAAGAAUUGGACCUGAGGAUGAAACAGAGAAUCAAAGGUGAAAACAGAUAUCUGGAUGGCCAAACAUUCACAUCAGCAUCAACCUUAAGCAAAGCUGUUAGGAAAUCGUAAGGCGGAAACCUUUUCAGUUUUUUUUUUUUGUCUUGAUUCUUAUACAGAUUGUAGCUGUUAUCCCAUUGCUAAUCCUGAACAAUUGAUUGAUGACAGAUUGGAAUAUGAGACUCAUGUUUAUACAGAAGGAAAUGCAAGGUUCAUCUAUGGCCAUGGUUCUGCCCACAAGCAAAAUCAAGCUUGAAUGUCAACAAGGGAUCAGAGAGACCAGAUAGAGAAAAACAAAAUGGAGACAAAAUGACCUAAUUCAGCUCAUGUUUUUUAUUUGUCUUUCAGUUUUUUCCCCCCUCCAACCCUUUUUUCUUCUUCUUUUAUCUAGUAGUAGUAGAUUUAAAUUUCACAUAUGACUUAAUAGUAAUGGACAUAAUGUGAAAGGGCCUAAUGUCAGAUUGGAUUUUUCUAUAAGAUCGUCUCGAUGGAAAUAUCAAAUGGUUAACGACAUUGCCAAAGCAAUUUUUAGCUACCAAUGCAAACAAUUGUUGUGCUAACCAGAGUACCUUUGAAUGAGAAGAAGCUGCAGAGGAGAAGCUAGAACUAUAUAGUGUUCUAAGUAUGCAACAUUUAUCAAAAUAAUCCCUUCAUCACAUAUCACCAAAGCAUGUAUUUUUUGAGAGAAAUUGACUUGAACACUGCAAAAAACUAAGUAGAUUAUGAUUCCUACAUAUGCAAAAGAGUGCCAUUAAACUUCAUCGUCAACAAAUUAU